UGAUAUAUUUUUUUGGGGUACAAGUCUUGAUAUUACGCAUAUAUAGGAAUUAAUCUCUCCAUAUAAAAGCCUAAGUUGAGUGCUCCCAAGUGGCACAUAUAAAACCCUGCAACUUUUGCAGUCCGCCUUGUCUGCGAGAAAGAAAAAACCUCCCAGAGGACAGAAAAAUGCACAAGAGUGAGUCAGGAUCAUCGUUGGGUCCGGGAGGCCUGGACCUAACCCAAUCCUUCUUCAAGCCCGUUUUCAACGCAGAAACUCCGUCUCCCACGAAGCGCCACAACAAGGUCUCCGUCAUCGGCACCGGCAACGUCGGCAUGGCCAUCGCCCAAACCAUCCUCACCCAAGACCUUACAGACGAGCUCGUCCUCGUCGACGCCAAACCCGAUAAACUUCGCGGCGAGAUGCUCGACCUCCAGCACGCCGCCGCUUUUCUCCCCCGUACCAAGAUUCACGCCUCCACUGAUUACUCGGUGACCGUUGGAUCUGAUCUCUGCAUCGUCACGGCCGGGGCGAGACAGAUCGUCGGAGAGUCAAGGCUGAACUUGCUACAGAGGAAUGUCAGUCUGUUUCAGACUAUCAUUCCCCCGCUUGUUCGUUAUUCGCCGGACUGUGUUCUCCUUAUAGUUUCGAAUCCGGUGGACGUCUUGACUUACGUGGCCUGGAAACUCUCCGGCUUCCCCUCCAAUCGCGUCAUCGGAUCGGGUACCAACUUGGACUCUUCCAGGUUUCGUUUCCUCAUCGCCGAUCAUCUGGACGUCAACGCUCAGGAUGUUCAGGCGUACAUAGUGGGAGAACACGGUGACAGCUCGGUGGCACUGUGGUCCAGCAUCAGCGUUGGGGGCGUACCGGUGCUAAGCUUUCUGCAGAAUCAACAGAUAACAUACGAGAAAGAAACACUGGAGAACAUACACAAAGAAGUUAUAGAGAGUGCUUAUGAAGUUAUACGUUUGAAAGGCUAUACAUCUUGGGCUAUAGGAUACUCCGUGGCUAGCUUGGUCCGUUCUAUUCUGAGAGACCAAAGAAAGAUCCACCCUGUCUCUGUUCUUGCCAAGGGCUUUUAUGGCAUUGAUGGUGGUGAAGUUUUCUUGAGCUUGCCCGCACAGCUGGGUCGAGGUGGCGUGCUUGGUGUCACUAAUGUUCACUUAACCGACGAGGAAGCACAAAGGCUGAGGGACUCCGCUAAAACCAUCCUCGAAGUGCAGACUCAACUGGGGAUCUGAGUUCACAAGACACUGGCUAGUUUUGUUCUGUUUUCUCUCUGUUUUCUUUCAUUAUAAAUGUCCGUCGUUCCGUAUUUACUGUUUCACGAUUAAAGAGGUACGACUAUAUGGGUGCUUCUCCCACCCCCAAGCCUCAAGCUUUCGGUGAUUGAACGCAUUUCUUCUUAGCAAAAUGGAAGGUUGUUUUAAAUUAUGGGAAAGUUUUUUCUCCCGCACCCGAUAUUGUUUCUCUCCCCCUAUAAUGUCGUUUGCGUUGUGUCUCGUCUCAUAUGGUCUCGUGACGACUUUUUUCCGUUACCUUGUGAUGUAAUGAAGUUGUUUUUAGAGGCCUUGGAACAUAUUGUGUUUCACUCAUCUUAUAAUUCUCUUUAUAUAUUUCUUCUAUUCA